CAGGUGAGUUGGCAGGGUAUAAAUUUUGAGAACCUGGAUCAGACACACAGGGACUCUUGUUUCCAAAGAGACUCAGGGAAGGACUUAGAGAAAAGCUCCAAACUUUGGGUUGGAUUCCAUGAGGAAAAAUGGGACUUGGCACAGGGAAUGAUAAGUACAAAUUGGCGGCGACUUCAGAGGAUGGAUUCAAAAUGCCAAAAAAGGGGAAAAGAAAGCAGAAGGACUUGGACGAUUUGAAAAAAGAAGUGGAUCUGGAUGAUCACAAGUUAACUCUUGAUGAACUUCACCGCAAAUAUAGCACAGACCUGACCAGAGGCUUGACAUCUACCUGUGCGAGAGAUGUCUUAGCCCGUGAUGGACCCAAUGCUCUAACCCCACCUCCUACAACUCCUGAAUGGGUGAAGUUCUGCAAACAGCUCUUUGGUGGAUUCUCAACACUGCUGUGGAUUGGUGCAAUUUUGUGUUUCCUGGCAUAUGGAAUCCAGGCUGCCUCCGAGGACGAACCAGCAAAUGACAAUCUUUAUCUGGGAAUUGUGCUGGCUGCUGUCAUAAUCACAGGAUGCUUCUCGUACUAUCAAGAAGCCAAGAGUUCUAAAAUCAUGGAAUCUUUCAAGAAACUUGUCCCUCAGCAAGCCCUGGUUGUGCGUGAUGGGGAGAAGAAGAACAUCAAUGCAGAGGAAGUAGUCGCUGGUGAUUUGGUGGAAGUCAAAGGUGGAGACAGAAUCCCAGCUGACCUGCGUAUUAUCUCUGCACAUGGAUGCAAGGUGGACAACUCUUCGCUCACUGGUGAAUCUGAGCCUCAGACUCGUUCUCCCGACUUCUCCAAUGAAAACCCUCUGGAGACCAGAAACAUUGCCUUCUUCUCCACCAACUGUGUUGAAGGUACUGCCAGAGGCAUUGUCAUCAACACCGGUGACCGCACCGUCAUGGGUCGCAUCGCCAGUCUCACCUCCAGCCUUGAAGCUGGACAGACACCGAUUUCUAGAGAGAUUGAACACUUCAUCCACAUCAUCACUGGCGUGGCUGUUUUCCUGGGUGUGUCCUUCUUCAUCCUCUCUCUGAUUCUUGGAUAUGGAUGGUUGGAAGCCGUAAUUUUCCUUAUUGGAAUCAUUGUUGCUAAUGUACCUGAGGGUCUCCUUGCCACUGUAACUGUGUGUCUGACUCUGACCGCCAAACGUAUGGCAAAGAAGAAUUGUCUGGUGAAAAAUCUUGAAGCUGUGGAGACUCUUGGCUCAACCUCCACCAUCUGCUCGGACAAGACGGGAACUUUAACCCAGAACCGGAUGACCGUGGCUCACAUGUGGUUCGACAACCAGAUUCAUGAAGCGGACACCACAGAGAACCAGAGCGGAACCUCAUUUGACAAAAGCUCUCCAACUUGGGCGGCCCUCGCUCGUAUCGCUGGCCUGUGCAACCGCGCCGUUUUCCUUGCUGAUCAGAACCAGGUGCCAAUCCUAAAGCGAGAAACAGCUGGCGAUGCCUCUGAGUCUGCUCUGUUGAAGUGUAUCGAGCUUUGCUGCGGUUCAGUUAUUGAAAUGAGAGACAAGUACUCUAAUGUUGCUGAGAUCCCUUUCAACUCCACCAACAAAUACCAGCUCUCAGUCCACAAGAAUCCCAAUUCCUCAGAGUCUAAACACCUGCUGGUGAUGAAAGGAGCCCCUGAGAGAAUCCUGGACCGAUGCUCCUCUAUUCUCAUCCAAGGAAAAGAGCAACCUCUGGAAGAUGAAUUGAAAGAUGCUUUCCAGAAUGCUUACGUAGAGCUCGGAGGUCUUGGAGAAAGAGUGCUGGGCUUCUGCCACUUGUCCCUCCCUGAUGACCAGUUCCCUCAAGGUUUUGCAUUUGAUGCAGAUGAAGUGAACUUCCCCACAGAGAAUCUUUGUUUUGUUGGCCUCAUAUCCAUGAUCGACCCGCCUCGCGCCGCCGUUCCAGAUGCCGUGGGCAAGUGCAGGAGUGCUGGAAUCAAGGUUAUCAUGGUUACUGGUGACCAUCCGAUCACGGCUAAAGCUAUCGCAAAGGGUGUCGGCAUCAUCUCUGAAGGCAACGAGACUGUGGAAGAUAUUGCUGCACGUUUAAACAUUCCUGUCGGAGAGGUUAAUCCAAGAGAUGCUAAAGCUUGUGUGGUCCAUGGAGGAGAAUUGAAGAGCAUGUCUGAAGAAGUACUGGAUGAGAUCCUGCAACAUCAUACUGAAAUUGUGUUUGCUAGAACGUCUCCUCAACAAAAACUGAUCAUAGUGGAGGGAUGUCAGCGACAGGGUGCCAUCGUGGCGGUGACAGGUGAUGGUGUGAAUGACUCUCCCGCUCUGAAGAAGGCUGAUAUCGGUGUGGCUAUGGGCAUCUCUGGAUCUGACGUGUCCAAACAGGCCGCUGACAUGAUUCUGCUGGACGACAACUUUGCCUCAAUCGUCACUGGAGUGGAAGAAGGACGUCUGAUCUUCGACAACUUGAAGAAAUCUAUUGCCUACACCCUGACCAGCAACAUCCCUGAGAUCUCACCCUUCCUUUUGUUUAUCAUUGCCAACAUUCCUCUACCCUUGGGUACUGUCACCAUUCUCUGUAUUGAUCUGGGCACUGACAUGGUUCCUGCGAUCUCAUUGGCCUACGAAACUGCUGAAAGUGACAUCAUGAAAAGGCAACCCAGAAACGCUAAAACAGACAAGCUGGUGAACGAAAGGCUCAUCAGUAUGGCUUAUGGUCAAAUCGGUAUGAUGCAAGCGACGGCAGGGUUCUUUGCCUACUUCGUCAUUCUUGCCGAGAACGGAUUCCUGCCGUCUGAUCUAAUAGGAAUCCGAGUCAAUUGGGAUGAUAAAUACCUCAAUGACCUGGAAGACAGCUACGGCCAACAGUGGACGUACGAGCGCAGAAAGAUUGUGGAGUUCACGUGUCACACGGCAUUCUUCGCCAGUAUCGUGAUCGUUCAGUGGGCAGAUCUGAUCAUCUGUAAAACCAGGAGAAAUUCCAUCGUACAGCAGGGAAUGAGAAACAAAAUCCUCAUCUGUGGAUUAUUUGAGGAAACUGCUUUGGCCGCCUUCUUGUCUUACUGUCCGGGCAUGGACGUGGCUUUGAGAAUGUACCCACUCAAACCAUGCUGGUGGUUCUGUGCCUUCCCAUAUUCACUGCUCAUCUUCAUCUAUGAUGAAGUUAGAAGAUACAUCCUUAGACGGAGCCCAGGAGGCUGGGUGGAGAAAGAAACGUACUACUGACACGAGACCACCUUCUAUUGCAAACUUAUGCAAGCAGACCUUCAUUGUGAUGUCUUUAAAAUCCUGCAGAAUGUGCUCAUUUUCAACCAAUAAACAUUCAGUCAAAUCACA